AGGAGGAAAAAUGAGUAGAGGUGGUGGAGAAUUGGAGGAGAGAUUGCUAAAUGGGUCAGAGACAGAACAGAGGAGAGAGAGUUUCUACUUGAGAAAGAAGAUUUGGAGUGAAGUGAGGAAGAUGUGGAGAAUAGCUCUGCCAUCGACUCUGUUCAGAGUGAUGUCGUUUGGAUGCAUAGUGGUGGCUCAAGCCUUCAUUGGCCACUCCAGCGAAACGGGUCUCGCUGCUUAUGCUCUCAUUCAAAGCACUUUCAUUCGUUUCAUCUAUGGUGUUAUGGCAGGUAUGUCAAGUGCCACGGAGACGCUAUGUGGACAAGCCUAUGGAGCACAGCAAUAUCACAUGAUGGGGAUAUAUCUACAACGUUCUUGGAUAGUAGACAUCUUUACAGCCACACUCUUUGUCCCUUUCAUAGUCUUCGCAGGUCCCAUACUUAGGUUACUAGGCCAAAACGUUGAGAUCACCAAGACGGUCGACGAGAUCUACCUUUGGGUCAUUCCUUAUCUGUACAGCAUCGUAUUCACCAUGACAAUGCAAAUGUACCUCCAGGCGCAGAUGAGGAACGCCAUCAUAGGCGUUCUCUCGACACUAGCCUUGGUCUUGGACAUUGCGGCCACGUGGUGGUGCGUGAGUGUGAUGGGGAUGGGAAUCCAUGGUGCGCUUCUUGGACUUAACAUCAGCUCGUGGUCUGUGGUGAUAGCCGAGUUUGUGUAUGUCUUUGGAGGGUGGUGCCCGCUCACUUGGACCGGCUUUAGUACUGCUGCUUUUGUCGAUCUUAUUCCUAUGCUCAAAGUACUGGUAUAUGAGCAUCAUCGUAUUAAUGUCUGGAUAUACAGAGGAUGCAAAUAUUGCAAUUUCUGCAUUUUCCAUAUGCCAAUAUAUCUACACCUGGGAGAUGAACAUAUGCUUGGGCUUGUUGGCGUACGAGUAGCUAACGAAUUGGGAAGAGGCGAUGCGGACGCUGUGAGAUUCUCGAUAAAAGUGGUGCUUGUGGUAUCAGCCGUGAUUGGUGUGAUAUGUUCUGCUCUUUGCCUAGCGUUUGGCGGUCAGAUUUCGUAUUUGUUCUCCGAUAGCCACCAAGUUUCCGACGCAGUCGCUGAUCUCUCCAUCGUCCUUAGCAUAUCCAUACUCUUAAACAUCGUCCAGCCCAUUCUCUCUGGGGUAGCUAUUGGAGCAGGGUUGCAGAGUGUUGUAGCAAUUGUGAACUUAGCAUCUUAUUAUGCAAUUGGUGUCCCUUUCGGUUUCAUCCUUAUUUUCAUUUUAGAUUUUGGUGUUAAGGGACUCUGGUCUGGAAUGUUGGGUGGAGUUGGUAUCCAAACAUUGGCAUUGUCUUAUGUUAUCUACAAAACUGACUGGGAAAUGGAGGUAAAGAAGACGAACGAGCGUAUGAAAAUCUGGAGUCUAAAGUCACAUUCUGUAGAAUCGAGUACAAACUCGACGAGAGAUGAAGAGAGGAAG